AUGGAUUUCUCCACCUACCAAGAGUCCGGUGGCCAAGCCGCUGUAAAGACUUCAGCCUUGGCCUCCGAAAACAUCAUCUAUAUUACCACAGAAAACGCGGAGGUUCCCGCCGAUAUUCUUGAGGUAGGCGGAGGCGGCGCAGGCGGGGGCGGCCCAGUCGAAGGCGGUGCGGUCGAGGGCGGUGCGGUCGAGGGCGGCGCAGUGGGAGCAGUGGGAGCAGUCGCAGUGGGAGCAGUCGGAGAGGUCUGCACCGCAGUGGGCGCAGUCAGUGCUGUCGGUGCGGUGGGCGCGGUCGGCGAGAUGGGCACCGCGGUCGGCGAGAUGGGCACCGCGGUCGGCGAGAUGGGCACCGCGGUCGGCGAGAUGGGCACGGUCGAUGUGAUGGGCACGGUCGAUGCGAUGGGCACGGUCAACGCGAUGGGCACGGUCGACGCAGUUGGCGCUUUCAGCACGGUCGACGCAGUUGGCGCUUUCGGCACGAUCGGCACAAUCGGCACAAUCGGCAUGGUCGGCGCAGUCGGCACGGUCAGAGUGAUCGGUGUGGUCGACGGCCUGCCUGUGGAGGCUCUGGCUGUGUACCAAGAUAUCAAUGGCGAUUGGGCUCACGGUGGUCACUUUGACUCACCUCUCAUUGCCCUACAGCCGUUGGGUAUUAGCAGCCUGAGCCACGGAGACCAUGACCAAGAAAUGAUCAUGGUGCAGACCCGAGAAGAAGUGGUGAGCUGCCACGAUUCCGACUGCCUGCCCGACUCCCAUGAGAUCUUCGACACGGUCUCCAUUCCGUGCCCUGAUGCUGAUGAAGACUUCCAGGAGACCCUGGCCGCACUCGCAGCUUCUAUGGAGCCCGCGGCGUUCGGAGCCAGCUGUGAGGGCAACGACAACGUCCUCAGCUUCAUCCACGAUGGCUUCCAGGCUCUUGGCCUCGACAAUCCCGAUAAUCUUUGCCAAAAUAACCAAGAGCACGGCGGAUGUAGCCAGCACGGCCAGGAGAGCAACCAGACCGGAGGAGGCAGCAGCAACCAGGUCAAUGCUGGCAUCGUCAGCGCAGACCUGGGGCUGCCGGAGCAGGUGCAGUUCCCAAACCUGGAAGGUGAGUUCUCGGUCGCGAUGUGGCCUACAAGCGAGAAAAGUGAGCCGGAGUGCCCCAAAGCAGCAGCAGCAGCAGCAGCAGCAAAUUCACCCCCGGAUUACUCCGAGUAUCUGACGGGGAAGAAACUCCCUCCUGGCGGCAUACCUGGCAUGGACUUCUCUGAUCCCAAACAGCUCGCCCUAUUCACUAGCAUGAGGCAGAAAAAAGCCAAAGAGGAUGGGCCGAGAACCACCCCGUGCGUUCAUCCCGGCUGCACCAAGAUGUUCAAGGAUACUGCAGCGAUGAGGAAGCACCUGCAUAUCCACGGGCCCAGAGUGCACAUGUGUGCUGAGUGUGGCAAAGCUUUUGUGGAGAGCUCCAAGCUGAAGCGCCACCAGCUAGUGCACACUGGCGAGAAGCCUUACCAGUGCAUCUUUGAAGGCUGCGGGAAGCGCUUCUCGCUCGAUUUCAACCUGCGCACCCACGUCCGCAUCCAUACCGGCGAUCGGCCGUUCGCCUGCCCCUUCAACACGUGCAACAAGAAGUUUGCCCAGUCUACCAACCUGAAGUCGCAUAUCCUUACCCACGCCAAGAAUAUGAGUAACCAGUGAAGAUGAGAGAGGGGGCACAAAUGUUCCUCCGUUCCACAUGCCCCAAAGUUCGAGAAUGAAUUAUCCGUUACCUGCUGGUCAGUUUUUGUUUUUGUUAGAAGUAGUAUGUUUCCAAAAGGAACUUUUGCGUAGGAUAAUGUGACUGAGACAGUUCAUCUAAGUUUGGUGGUGGUGUUUCUGGGAAUUUCGGCUUCAAGAGACUAAGACUAAUUCGUGAAUCUCACAUCAAAAAGACAAUCACUUGAUUAAAGAACUGGCUAAAACUGGACUUCAUCUUGUUUAGUAGUGGUGUUUCUAAGAACUUCAGUUUCAAAAGACUAAUUCGUGAACUUCAUCAAAAGGACAGCCACCUGAUUAGAGAACUGGUUAAAAAUUGGACUUUGCUUUUAUAAGUAAUAGCACUUACUGUUUAUAGAGGGGUUUUUGGUAUUUUCUAAAUGUACAUAUGUUAUGCUUUUCUAGAAGUUGACAAGUUUGGUUUUAAAAGUUUGCUGUGCAAGAGUGUUUUUUUAUAGAUAUUUUUCUGGUACUGUAAGAAAGAUGUACAGGUUUUGUUUAUGAUUGUAAUAUAGUUAUCUUCCCCCAUGUGAGCAUAUUUUUCAUAACUUUUAGCUAUAGGUAAUAACAUGGUAAUGUCUUAAGUGAGUUUAGACCUGUUAGUCACUUUUUCCCCAGUAUUAUUAGGUGCUUUUGAGUGUAAUUUUUUGAAGUAGUUAAAAGAAUUUCCUCUUUAUUGGUGAACACCUGAUGUGUAAAUCUACAUCGUGUGUAACAGAAA